CAAACCGAGGACAAAAACAAACUUAAAAAAAUAUAUACAUAUAAUUACAAUUUGAAAUUCACGACACACGCUCGGUUUUCAGCCACAGCGCCCCCUCCUGUGGUAACGCUGAAGUGCGGGCGAUGUGAGAGAGGAAGCUGCCUUUAGCGAGUUCGUUUGCCACUAGCCGGCUAACUUGCUAAACAAAAGUAAACAACUGUGCGGGAUGAGAUGAAAUUCAAACGCGGGACAAAGUAACUUUUCAGCUAUGAAGGAAGAUAAGGAAAAUACGCGGCCAAAGGAGAAAAAAGUGGAAAUAAAGUGCGAAGAUGUGGAAAAGACGGAGAAGCCCAAGGAAAAGAAAGAGACGAUGACAAAGAUUGUGAUCAGACGGUUACCACCAAGUCUGACCAAGGAAGAGCUGGAGGAGCAAUUACAGCCUCUCCCAGAGGUGGACUAUCUGGAGUUUUUCUCCAACGACACCAGCCUUUACCCUCACCUCUUCGCAAGGGCUUACAUAAAUUUCAAAAAUCAAGAGGAUAUAGUUCUCUUCAGAGAUCGAUUUGAUGGAUAUGUGUUCAUCGACAGCAGAGGACAAGAGUAUCCUGCUGUUGUGGAGUUUGCACCUUUCCAAAAGACUGCCAAGAAAAGAAGUAAGAAAAAGGAUGCAAAAUGUGGAACAAUUGUUGAAGAUCCUGAAUACAAGAAGUUUCUUGAAAAUUACAACAGAGAUGAAGAGAAGUUGGCAUCAACACCUGAGACCCUGUUGGAAGAGCUUGAGGCAAAAUCAAAGGAACUUGUAGCUAAAAAAACAACUCCUCUACUGGACUUCCUGAAGAAUAAACAGAGACUCAGGGAGGAAAAGAAGGAAGAGAGAAGGAGAAGAGAGCUUGAACGGAAGCGUCUGCGUGAUGAGGAGCGUCGUAAGUGGAGGGAGGAGGAGAGAAGGAAGCGCAAAGAGGCUGAGAAGAUGAAGAGACCUGAGAAGCAGCUAGAGAAAGACAAGGACCAAAUUAAAGAAGAACCAAAAAUUAAGCUCCUGAAGAAGCCAGAUAGAGGUGAAGAUGCAGAUUCUGAGAAGCCCAAGGAAAAGGCCAAGAAACCAGAGAAGGCAAAUAAAGAAGACAGAUCCAUGGGGAGUGCGGAUCUGAAGAAGCGUCAGAACGAGGAUCGAGGAAGGAAAACGGAUGAACACGGGCGCAAGGAGUUCAGGGAGCGUGACGCAGAUCGAGACAGAGAGUGUGACCGAGAGCGGGAGAAGGAGCGGCGGCAGAAGGAGAAGGAGCGCUUCAAGCGACAGGACGAAGAUCGGCGGAGAAGGAGAGAAAGGCAGGACGGAGAAAACUCAUGCAGGAAGCGGGAGGAGGAGGCUAAAAAAGAAAAAGAGCGUGGCUUUGAGAAGAAAAAGGGUGAAAACAUUGGAGACUCGUCUCACUCUGAGAGGCCGGAGAAGCCCGCCAAAGACAAGAAGGAGGACAGUGGUAAAAGAGAGCGGCUGCGAAAUAAGGACCGGCCUGCUAUCCAGCUGUACCAGCCAGGGGCCAGAAGCCGCAAUCGAGCUACGGGAGGAGGGGGAGUCGAAUCCAACUCCGCAGACAGGAAGCCAGAUACUAAGACCGAGAAAGUAGUCGACAAAGGAGAUGAUUGAGCACAUUUCUGCUAAUGGUAUUUUAAGCCUGGUGAGGAGAGGGGAAACAGGUCUGUGAGGCUCAGAGCCGCAAUGUGGCGCCUCAGGGCAACGCGCACUGCAGUUCAAGCAGGGCUGCAUCCAGCUCUCCCAGUCUCAGAGGCAGAGAUGUGAUUGUGGAGCCUCUUAGUGCCUGAAUGUGACCCACUUUAGUUUUAUUUGUUAGCAAAGGUAAACGUAACCUUUGGAAAGAGUUUGGCUGUAGGGCACAUUAGGUGAAGCCAAAGCUUUCUUGGACCACGUGAACUCAAAGUGACCUUAUUUCAGUAUUGUUUUCUGAUGUAAAGUGUUGUACACACUGCGAGCAUUGGCUUUAAACAUGUUCACCCAUAUCACACUCUGGAGGUAUGAAAUAACGUCACCAGUGUUUAACUUCCCAGUCACUCAAUAUGUCAACAUGGCCAAGUUCAUCCAUAUUCUUUCUGUCACGCUGCCAUUUUCAGUUUGAAGUGUACACAUGGAAAUUGCAUCUUACCCUGCUUGGAGAGCUAGACAAUCCAAAUAUAUGUGCAGAGCUUUUAUUAAAACUUUUCAUGGUCUCUAAAAUAGUUGUAAUGUUACGGGCGCAAAUGCUGAGGGACGUUGUCUUUACUAACCUGCUUUGCGAUCAUGUGUUUUGUUCCUGCAUUCACACAGUGACUGAGGAGAAAUAGCCAUUUCUGACUAGACUGCCAUGUGACAGCCAUGCCUGCAUGCAUCCUUCAAUCUGAGUGAACAACCUGUGGCCUUCCCCCUUUUCUAAUCUGAAACUCUCCUUAAAUAUGAAUGUUCGAUGCACUAAAGUGAACACAGCACGAGAACACGUCACUGCUGGUGAUGCUAACAUACAGUAGUCACUUUUGACUGGAAAUAAAAAGUCUUUGCUUAAUUUGCUCCUCCUUUUUGUAGUUUUGUAUAGGUUUUUUUUUUCUAUU